UGACGUCAUAUGACGCCGGCAUCAUCUGAUCAUCACAACAGGUGCUUGCAUCGGCUCAGACGUGCUUACUACUUCACCUCGAAUGGCUUCCUCGACGAGCUCUCCCACAUCUGCCAUGUCCUUGGAAUGUGAUGCACCGUGUCCGGUAUCAGAAGCGAUCUUCAACGAUCUCGUCCAUUAUUUCAAGUACGCGUGCUCGGCAUACAUCCCGGUGUGUCCCCGGCCAAAUGGACAGAACCUCGUUCUGGAAUUUGGCAACUUUAUUACCGACAUCCAAGGGUUCAUCGCACGCGAUGACGAGCGCAAGGAGUUUGUUGUCGCAUUGAGAGGAAGGUGGGUCGGCGGAUGAACGUUUACUGUACAGAGACCCAGUGGGGCCAGUGCAUCUGUUACGGACGCAUUGCUCGACAUGAAUAUCUUGCUGGUGCCGUUCUUGACUCCUGGUGUCCAACUGCCCU